AUGGUGGGCGUGGCUGGUUGCGUGAGGUCGGGGCAAGGUGGGCGCAGUGUGGAAGUCAAGCGUGAGCCAGGGAUAUUCGGUAUGCCCGUUUCGUGUCCUGGACUCGUGGAGCCGAGCCUAGCUCCCGCCCUCCAGCCUCACGCAGCUCGCGCAGGCGCAGGCGCAGGCAGUCCACAGAGAGUCGUCAGCCCGGCUCCAGAUCGCCGUGCAGUAGCCACCUCGCGCCACCAACCCUUGAGCCGCUGCAAUGGUCACCACUCACCAGUCACCACUCACCACACGGUCACGGGUCUUCCCAAGCGAGAUGCGGAUGCAGCCCGUAAACGCUUAGCUCGAGCCUUGCACCCCAAAGCAUUGCAUACACCUCAUAUCAUCAACUUGCUGCUUGUCAUCUCAUCACUACUCGACGAGGAGACGAGACUUCUGAUCAUGCCACCUCACAUACGACUUCCUACCGAAAUCCGAUCCAUCGUUGCAGCCCCUGACCAGCCCCUCAACAAGAAAAGUGAGGAAUAUGAAUAUCGAAGGGAAGUAGUCACUAUGCCUAGAGCUACAAUGCAUCAAUUCCUGCAAUCAUACCCAUGUCCAAAACUUCUUUUCCUUCGCUUCAACGCUGUGCAGUUGGUCCUUUUAACCCUGUGACCCCUUCUCAAUGCGAUGCGAUGCAUUUACUCUUCGUAGAGAUCCAUAUCUCCCCCAUCACCAUUCAAUUCUUCCAUCGCAUCUUCCUCGUCAAACAUUUCUGCAUCAUCCGCAUCCGACAUGUCGCUCUCGCCAUGGUUUGGUAGAACGACAAUGUGGCCAUCUUCGAGCUCCACACGAGCCGUCUCGCCAUCUCUGAUUGACCCUCUGAGGAUGAGAACGGCCAUGCGAUUGAGCACUUCCUUCUCGAUGAGUCGUGCCAAAGGACGAGCACCGUAGGCAGGUGAGUAUCCAGCUGCGCCCAGAUAGUCCUUGACUUCAUUCGACAGAUCGAUCUUAGUCGGUUGAAAAUGACGAUGCUAGAGAUACGGUUCAGGAACUCAGGCAGGAAGUAGUUUCGCAAAGCCUGCAUCACAAGCUCCUUGGUUGUCGGAUCAAUUCUGCCAUCGGCAGCAUUCGGUCGCGCAAGGUACUCUGCGCCCAAGUUCGAUGUCAUCACGACGAUACAGUUCUUCGCGUCGAUGAUACGUCCUUGGCCGUCGGUGAU